UACGUUCACUUCAGUUUUCAGUUUGUCAAGAUGUCUGCAGAUACUGUCGCUGCUCCACGUUUGAGCCUGAAUGUGAGAUAUAACAGAAACGUCCAAGAGAACAGCAGAGAGGAAGAGGAGAGUCAGGUGGAGAUCUUAGAGGAUGAAGAGCAUCACGCUGAUCUCAGGCAACAAAGAGCCAGACCACACACUCAAAACAACCCUGCAGCCAACAACAGAAGGUGUUUCAGAGCUACUGCAGUGACUCUGGGAGGGUUUUAUCUUCUGAUAUUGGCUGGACUCUUCAUUCGCUUAAUUUUGCUGCAGACCAGAUACGACCAACUGAGCAACAACUACAGUCAGUUACAGGAUGAAGUAAAGCAGCUGAAGGACAGAACUGAAGUCACUUUGCUGCAGACCAGAUACGACCAACUGAGCAACAACAACAGUCAGUUACAGGAUGAAGUGAAGCAGCUGAAGAACAGAACUGAAGUCACUUUGCUGCAGACCAGAUACGACCAACUGAGCAACAACCACAGUCAGUUACAGGAUGAAGUAAAGCAGCUGAAGAACAGAACUGAAGUCACUUUGCUGCAGACCAGAUACGACCAACUGAGCAACAACUACAGUCAGUUACAGGAUGAAGUAAAGCAGCUGAAGAACAGAACUGAAGUCACUUUGCUGCAGACCAGAUACGACCAACUGAGCAACAACUACAGUCAGUUACAGGAUGAAGUAAAGCAGCUGAAGAACAGAACUGAAGUACUUUUGCUGCAGACCAGAUACGACCAACUGAGCAACAACUACAGUCAGUUACAGGAUGAAGUAAAGCAGCUGAAGAACAGAACUGAAGUCACUUUGCUGCAGACCAGAUACAACCAACUGAGCAACAACUACAGUCAGUUACAGGAUGAAGUAAAGCAGCUGAAGAACAGAACUGAAGUCACUUUGCUGCAGACCAGAUACGACCAACUGAGCAACAACUACAGUCAGUUACAGGAUGAAGUAAAGCAGCUGAAGAACAGAACUGAAGUUGUUGUUAAAAGCUGUCCUCAUGGAUGGACGAGAUCUGGAUGCAGUUGUUACUUUAAAUCAGAAGAGAAGAAGAAUUGGGAGGGAAGCAGUGCUGACUGUAAGAAGAGAGGAGCAGAUCUGGUCGUCAUAAACAACAAAGAAGAAAAGGAGUUUGUCACUGAGCUGAGUAAGGAUGGAGAGUCCUGGAUUGGUCUACGGAAAAUAUACACAUACACAGGACAGGAAUGGAAAUGGGAAUGGGAAUGGGUGGACGGAUCACCGCUGACAGAAACGUUCUGGGCAGCAGGACUGCCUCACUAUAACAUUUACUGGACCGCUGCUACAUGCUGCAAUCAACAAGGAAAAUGGAGAUAUGGAUAUUAUUCUGAUAAUAAGAAGUGGAUCUGUGAGAAAAAGAUGAUCUGAACUAUUUGAUGACAGAGAGGUGUGUAGUGUUGGGAUCAGCUUUGUUAAAUCAGACCAAUUCUUUAACAUUUGCUCAGCUGUUUAUUCUGUGUUGCUAAAUAACCUGAUUACAGAGAUAUUGUUCCUCUGCCCUUCAUAGAGCACAAUCUGGUUAGAAGUCAUGUGUAUUUACUCUGUAGUCCUACAGGAUUAUUAUAAUAAAAGCUAAUAAAAACAUGGAUUAGCAGGUUGUCUUUACCUUGGUUUAUGUAGUUGAUUAUAACGUUUGUAAUCAGUUAGUUAGAAGUUUUUCCUUAGAACAUUUUACAAUCCACAGAAAAUAAACCCCGCCCUACCUCCAUCUCCCCUCCCAAACCCGUCCCCACAACCAAUUAAAUCAUUGUUAUCAUUUUGUAACGCUGCGCUGUAACCUUAACCUAACUAUUGUAUUUGUAUCUUUUUUUAAUUUUAUUUUAGCCUGUAUUCCUUUCAUGAAAGUUUUUAACUGCUCAUUAAUGUUUGAUUUAAAGCAUUUUGAAUUGUCUUGUUGCUGAAAUAUGCUAUAGAAAUAAAGAU